AUGCAUUUGUCUGUUUUAGGAAUAAGUUCAGAAUUCCUGGAUGUAUAUAGUAUAGGAAAGAAUGGAAAUUUUCCUUUGAAGUUAACAAAAAAGCUGGUAUCAAAUCUAAGAGUCCCAGACAACAAUGUUGAAAAGGUUUUGGAAUUUAUUCAUUCUGUAGCUCCAUCACUUUCUAAAAACGGUCCAGAAGACAAGUUUAACAAGCUCAUGCAAGUUCUGGUACUAUCAGCUCUUGAUGAAGGAUUCAGAUCACCUGUGCUGCAGUCCUGUUACUCACGUUGCAUUGGAGUGCUAUUAAAUGCCAUUCCAGAAAGUCAGUGGAAUGAAAACAGAGUGUGGGCUCUCUGUCAGAUGUUGCAUCGGGAUGGUACGGAGCAUUUCCACAACCAGGCAGUGGUUUGCUGUUCACUGCUGACAUUAAGUCCUCAUGCAAUAGAGAUUGCAAAAGCUUUGGCAUUUGCAACAUUGAAUCACCUACUGGCAACAGAAUUGAAGACCAAACCACUUGACAGCAUUGCUAAUACAAGUAUAUUUGCACUUCUGAAGUACUACGAGCCCGUGAAUGAGCUCAACUGCUACGUACUUUAUAUUAUUAUCAUGCUGGUGGAUUUCUGCCUUUCGAGAGCUUAUGUUGAAGAUAAUUUAAAUUUGGAAAAUCUCAGUUACAUGGUAUCUUGGCUGAGCAAUUUGGGAGGCAGAAUUUCUACUGCUAUAGAUUCAAUUGAUACUACAGUCAUGAAAGAACUGAUCAGUCGAUGCCUGUCAGAUUGGCGCAUAAUGAAAGUUGAUAGAACUUAUGUUGAGCUUACAUAUGGUGAUCAACCUGCCUCAUUAUCUAGUGACAUCAAGCAAUAAACAUCAUAUCCAUAUUGUUUUCUGCAAGUUGGAUGCAUAGGCGAUCCAGCAGUGUGUUACAUAUUGAAGUUAAAUGCAAGACUAAUAUAGUUCACAUGUUACAGAUACUCGGUUAUAAUGUCAGUGAGUAUGUCAUAGAGAUUGUGCAGAAACUAGUUCAACAGGAGAACAGCAGUGCAGUAUUGAAUCAGUGUACAAACUUUACCUCAUCAGUUAUUCAAACAUUUUGGCAUGCAGGUGGUACAGUAAUAGCAACAUCAGUAAGUCCUGGAACAAAAUUGUUUACUGAAGUGUAUGUUCACAUAUGGUGGUUUAUAUAUUUAUUUAUGGUCUUAGUUAAUAAUACUUUAAAUAUCACAUCUAGCCACCAUCAUGCUGCCACCACCUUGCAACGUUUUAUUAAUGUCAGAGGUUACAAACCUUUGCUGGAGUGCUGAAAAACAGCAUAUUUCUUUGUAUUUAGUGUAUUUUCUGAAAUGCAAAACAGCAAAUUGCACCAUCUGCUUUUUGGACAGCUGAGAUGAUUAUAUCAGCAGUGCCCAGUGCUACAAAACUAGUAACUCAAAACUCUGUUGUAAGACACUGGCUUUUCCUGUGUUCUGAAUGCUAGAUUUUAGCCUAUACAUGGGCCAAUUCUUGGUGCAAGUUUAAUUGUAUUCUUUUGAGAGAGUUACAGGUUGAUCCUUCUGUUUCAGCAAAUUUUGAGGUGAAGAAAG